GCUGGCUUUGACAGCACUUGUCAAAUGCGCGACGAAAUCAGACGAAAUGCAGAGGUGCAUACAGUGAAUAAACGUUAACUCGCGUUUACUUAAACAUUAUUUAUUAUUGUUAAAUAUUAGUGACUUACUGGCUUAUAAGCUCUAAAGCGGCGAAAGCAUGUAUAAUGGAAUUGGUUUGGCUACGGCGCGGGGCUCCGGUACAAAUGGACACGUGCAGCGAAACUGGGCCCUUGUUCGUCCCAAAGAAAAAGAGAAAACCUACAGGACUGAAGAAGAUAUUGCAGCAUUAGAAGCUUCAACCUUCAAACAACCCAACAAGGAAAUACUGGACCAUGAAAGAAAACGUAAAAUCGAGCUGAAAUGCGCUGAAUUUCAGGAUAUUUUAGAAGAACAAGAGUUUUCAGAGGAAGCAAUCAGCAACAAAGUGAAUAAUUACAGAAAUAUGCUGAUGUCACACGAAGGCAAGGUGGAGAAAUCUGUGGAUCAAUGGGGAAGACCUUGUGUUACGGAGACACAUCAAGUGGCUGAAGCUCAACGAAAAAACGCAAAACUACGUGAAGCUUUUGGUAUAAGUGAGUAUUUUGUCGACGGCAGCAGUUUUGAUCCGGAUCGGCAAGCGAAGGAAGAUGUGGCGCGCUCCAAUGCCGCCCAAGAAAAGAAGCGACAAAACGCGCUCGAUAAAGAUGCCAGCGGACGUUAUAACAUUGUACACACGCCGAGUCCUGAACCUGACACGUCGAAGAAACCUAAAAACGCAAGACGAGGUAAAAGUCGGAGUUCAAGUGAAGAACCCACAAAAAAGAAGAAGAAAUCAAAGAAGCGUAAGAAAGAAAGGUCCGGAAAGGAUAAGAAGAAACGCAAGAAGAAGCGCAAGCGGUCGGUGAGCAGCAGCGAUGAGAGCGAUUCCAGCACCGAGGAUGAGUCCAGCGCGGAUGAGAAACGCAAGGAGCGACGCAAGCGUAAAAAAGAGAAAAAGAAGGCGUCAAAGAAGAAGCGAAAUCGAUCAUCAUCCAGCUCAAGUGAUAGCUCACCAGAGAAGAAAAGAUCUAAAUCCAAGUCAGAGAAACCGAAAAUAAAAGAAAAAUCUAAAGAAGUUGUAGAAAAAAUACGCGAACGUAAAUCGCGGUCAAGAGAUCGCUCCAACAAGCGACCAGAACACAAGUACAAAUCGUGCAGUCGUACGAGAUCACCACCACACAAAGAUCGCUUGAAAGAUACAAGGCGUGACCGUGAUAAGACUGAGAAACAACAAUAUAUCCAGCGCCGUAGUCCAAAACGCCGCGCGUCGCCCGAACGUAAGGAUAAAGAUUCAGUAAUUCAGCGUGAGAGGAAUAACAGAAACAGGUCACGAACGCCGCUGGCUGUGCAGAAGGUGCAGGAAGUGCGGCGGCGUGAGCGAUCCAAGUCGGUGGAUAAACAUCGACGGCCUUCCGUGGAGACGCGCCGCGAUCGAUCCAACAACAACGAACGCCGCAAUGAAGGCAGGUAUGACAACAGAGAUAAUCGAAGGAAGGAACAUGCUGUUGUGGAUGCACGACGCAAUAAUCGGUCACCUGAUAAGGAUAGGAAUAGACGGCGUGAGGUGGAUAGGAGUGGAGAGAGAGAGCAGAGGGAUAGAAGGCGUGUUUCUCCAAGGUGGAAGUCUGUGGAGAGGAAACGGUCGAGAUCACCCGAAAAGCGGAGAGUUUCCAGAUCGCCGGAGAGGAGGAAGGUUUCUAAGUCUCCUGAAAAACGCAGAGUUUCUAGAUCUAGAUCUCCGGAACAAAGGAAGGUUUCCAGAUCACCUGAAAAGCGUAGAAUUUCGAAAUCUCCUGAUCCUGUGGUUUCGAGGAAUAGAAACAUUUCUAGAUCUCCAGUUAAUGUGAAACCUGCUAAAAAUGUAUCCAAGUCUGAGUCGGAGAGUGAGAAUAGAAGACAAAGUCUCCUCCCAGAGGUAAACCUAAUUCCAGGAAAGCUGAUUCCAGCCGAGAUAGAGAUAGAGAGAAAAAUUCAUCUAGAUCUGAUCAACGUAGACGAGGAUCGUGAUCGUUCAGUGGAUAAAUCUAGAAAACGUGAUGUUUCCAGAGAGAAACUUGUUAAACCACAUAGCGAUAGACAGGAUACAAAUAAUCAUACGCGGGAUCGUUCCCAGAACUCUCAGAAUUCACAAAAACGUGAAAAUAAAGAGCGCCAACGUACACCUCCUAUGAGAAAUCGAUCAAGAAGUCCGGAGAAUCAUAAGGAUAGUGUGGUAACACGACAAGUUUCGACGAGUCCUGAAUCGGCAAAAUCUAAGAAAAAAUCACCACGUGCGCAGGUACCUGUUGUCCGACUUAGGUCUUCAAGCGAUGAGGAAGAAUCCGAUCGGGAUUGUGAUCAUGAAGAUGAAGAACGCGAGAAGGAGUUACGUAUGCUACGAUUACUGAAAUCUGAUUUGGCUGCGAAGGCUCGUGAGGCGUUGGAGAGGAAAAUACCCAAAGCCAAGGCUGAAAGUCCUCCGAAAGUCACACAGCGUGAAAAUACAAAAUCACCGGAAGUUACAAUAAAACCUACGAAGAAAUCGAUUGAAAAAUCACCAGAGGUGCAGGAUCGCAGGGUUGAUAACAAAUUUAAAGAAAAUAAAGAUAAUAAAGAUAAAGAAUUGAAGGGAGCAAGUAAGAGUAAGUCGAAGAGCAGGUCCAAGUCUCCUGUCAAACGCAAAUCGCGUUCAAAGAGUCGCAGUUCAUCCAGAUCAUCAUUUAGUUCAAGGGGUUCCCGUUCCUCGUCCUCAUCAUCAUCGAGUUCAAAAUCUUCGCGAUCGCGUUCCCGGAGUCGCAGCUCGCGUAGUUCGCGCAGCUCCUCGAGCAGUUCGGCAUCAUCACGAUCCCGUUCGCCAUCUAUACCACGCCGCCAUGGCUCUCCGAGCUUUCUCGAUCGCAGAAGGAUAACAAGUGCACGCAAGCGACCAAUACCGUACCACAGGCAGACACCGUCGUCGUCCCCAUCAUCAGCCAGCAGCGGCAGCAGCCACUGCAGCCCCUACUAUCCCCGGCAUCGCACCAUUUCCAGAUCGCUGAGCAUAUCGUCCCAAUCGCGCUCGCCAUCGCCCAGCAAGCGCCUACCCACUCUAGAUGAUCUCUGAACUCGUCCAACCCAGGAUUGCUUCGCAACUCGUGCAUAUCCGCAAUAACAACUCACAUAAUGCUAACAACGAGAUCUAGUCAUGGUCUAACCAUUUUGCAACCAAAUCUAAGUCAUUUACAUUCACAUUAUUUCUAAUAUUUCUAAUAUUUAUUUAUUUAUUUACGUAAACUAAUAAUUUAUUACGAUUAGUUUAGUUUGUGUGCAAUUUCUACAAUCUCUCGACUGUUUGUUAUUAAAUUAAUUAAUUAAAUGCAUAGCUGUAAACAAAAUGGAGCAGUUUGUUAUGAGGUUCGAAGGCGACGAGAAUUUUUAGUACAAAUAACGCUAAAAUUCGUACAUUAUCGAAGGCCUACACUCCUAAAACAUAUGUAUAUUUAUUGAAAUGAUACAAAAUGGCCGCCACAAAUAAAAACUAAUCAAUUUACUCAUCACACACCUGUUGUACUGCAUGAAAUAUGAAAACUUACAAAGUCUCUCUCUGCUAAACCAAAACAAACAACAUUCAACAAUAAAUGUUCAAUGUGAUUGUAACGUUUUUUGGAUUAUAUAACUGAUCAGCAUGUGUACAUCAUUAAUAAAGCUAUACAAAAUUAAAAA